AUGUCGGCCCGAAAAUCAGUUCGUGGUUCAAGAAUUACAGUCGAGAGAUCGACUAAUUCAUCGAUUAGUAAUGGUGGAGGAGAUGAAUCAUUGUAAGUUUUGUUCCAGAGAAUGACUCAAUCUAUUCAUCCGAUUUCAGUGGAUCAUCGACAUUAGAAACUUCACGUAUUCAAGAGAAAGAUCAUUUGACUUCUUUGAACAGCCGGCUUGCAACUUAUAUUGAUGUAAGUGUCAAUAUCAUUCAUUCUUUCGAAAUAAUUUUCAAUUUCGUUAUUUCCAGAAAGUUCGCCAAUUGGAGAAUGAAAACGGCCGUUUGCAAGUACAAAUUCGUGAUUUGGAAGUAGUUGAGAAAAAAGAGAAAAACAACUUGGCCGAAAGAUUUGAAGCUGAAAAGGUAUAAUGUUGUUUAUUUGUUUAAUUCUCAUAAGUAUUGAGAGAAAGUAAACAAUAAAACGAUAUGCAAAUUCACGCAUGAAUGAAAAGAAGGGAACUUUUUCAGGCUCGUCUCAGACGUGCUUUGGAUUUGGCAACUGAUGAAUUGGCUAAGCAUAAAAUUGAGUAUGAUGCUGCACGGAUUGAAGUAAAAAGACUUAAACCACAAGUUGAUAAGCUCGAACGUGAACUCGCUGGAGCUGAAGAACUUGCUCUUCGUGCUCAAAACAAUGCUGAUGAAGCUCUUGCGAAGCAAAAGAACUUGCAAGCAAGAAAUGACAGAUUGGUCGUAGAGAAUGAUGUAAGUUAUAAUAAAUCUAUGAAUUUUUGAAGUUUGAUUAUUUUUAGGACUUGAAAAAAACUAAUGCUCAACUUCGCGAUCAAAUCGACAAGUUAAAACGUGCUGUUGAAGAUGAGACUCUUCUUAGAACAACUGGCAACAACAAGAUCAAGUCAUUGGAAGAAGAUUUGGCAUUCGCUUUGGCUCAACACAAAGGAGAACUUGAAGAAGUUCGUCACAAACGUCAAGUUGACAUGACAACAUAUGCCAAACAAAUCAACGACGAAUAUCAAUCAAAAUUGCAAGAUCAAUUGGCUGAGAUGCGCGCUCAAUUCCAAGCCAAUCUUGCUAGCAACAAAUCAGCUUUUGAAGAUGCCUACAAGAACAAAUUGAAUGAUGCUCGUGAACGUCAAGAAGCCGCAUUAGAUGAGGCUUUGAGACUUCGCGCUCAAGUCAGAGAACUCGAAACUUCAAGCUCUGGAAGUGCCGCUUUGAUUGAAAAGUUGAGAGCGGAUUUGGAUUCGUUGAGAAAUAUGUAUCAAAUCAAAUUAGAUGACAAGGAUUCAAGAAUUAUAGAAUUGAAUAAGGAAAUUGAGAAGUUGAUGAAUGAUUUCGCCGCUCUUUUGGAUGUCAAAGUUCAAUUGGAUGCUGAAUUGAGAACAUAUCAAGCACUUCUUGAAGUAUGUUUAUUUUUCGAAUUCUGCCUAGCCUACUUAUUUAAUAUUGAUAUUUUCAGGGAGAAGAAGAACGUUUGAAUUUGACUCAAGAUGGUAGAAACUCGAGCCAAUCUCAUCAUGUUUCAUUCUCAUCAGGAUCAGCUAGUGCUCAAAGAGGAGUUAAACGCCGACGUGUUCUUGAUUCAGGAGCCGAUGACUUUGAAUUCUCCAACAGAAGAUCAAAAGUGAGUUUUUUAUUUAUUUAUUCAUAGUUUUAAUAUUAUAAUAUUUCAGCUCAACAAAGAAACAACCGGACCAGUUGGAAUUGAUGAAGUUGACGAGAAUGGACAAUGGGUCCGAAUUGCCAACAGUCUCGAUGAAGAGGUCUCAAUUGGAGGUUACAAAUUGGUGGUUAAAGCUGGAAAUAAAGAAGCAUCGUUCCAAUUCUCAUCAAGAAUGAAGCUCGGACCAUUGGCAACAGCCACAGUUCAUUCUGCUGAUUCAGGAGCAGUACAUCAUCCACCAGAGACAUACGUCAUGAAGAAACAAAGUGUUAGUGUUUUUUUUUAAAGAUUUAGAGAAAGCUUUCAAGAGUGUUUUAGUUUUAGUUUCAUGUUUAUUUUCAAUUUAAAAACUGUUAUUUUUCAGUGGCCAAUUGGUGAGAAUCCAUCAGCUCGUCUCGAAGAUGCCGAAGGAGAUGCAGUAUCGUCAAUUACAGUGGAAUUGACCGAAUCAUCAGACCCAUCCGAUCCUUCAGAUCGUUGUUCAAUUAUGUAA